AACACAGCAAAAGAAUUUCAGGAUGAAAUACCUUGUGGCAGUUGUAUUUGGUGCUGGAAUCCUUGUGGCUAUAAGCAACGCAGCCUGUUUCCGUUCUGACAACAAAAUUAUAUUCGGCCAAGAACCUAAAGGGUGUUACUUUGGAAACAAGAUGCAUCUACUCAACAGUGAGUGGCGGACCAAAGAUUGUUGGGACUGUACAUGUAAUUCAGUUGGAAACUACAGAUGCUGCACAGCUUAUGGCAGACCAGUAAACUAUGAUCAGAAGAGAUGCAAGUUUGUGUUUGACCAAAAGGAAUGUAAAUACAAACUGAUUCCAAAUGAAGAUCCAACCAUACAGUGUGAAUCUUAUGGAAUGGUGGGCUGAACUUAUUGGCUGCAAUUUCUACCUUAAAACACAACCUUGAAAAGGAAGAUAGUCAAAAUGUAUUCACCAUGUACAAGUUAAGAUCAAAUAAAAAGUCUCUUUCUUCACAA